CGACUUAUUUGUCUUUUAUUUUAUACGCGUUGUUAUCCAAUAAUAGAAGGACAAUAUAAAGCCCUUCUCAAUAGUCUCAUAAAGACAUCCAAGAAAUCUUCUAAUUAACCAACCAGUGAUCAAUUCCAUGGCAGAUAUAAUUUCCAAAGUGUGUGCUGACUACGAAGAUUUUCGCGCUCUCAUGUUAUCAGAUGACGAGUGUGCAGAGGAACUGCAGUUCCAAGAAGUUCUUGCAGAAUCCUUCAGUAGCUUCCAUCUGCACAUGUCAUCAACAAAAAUCCAAGAAUCCCCUGAAUCAUCUCAAGGUUACUGUGAAAUUUGCCUGGAUACAAAAGUUACAAAUGAAAUGUUCAAACUCGAGAAUUGCUCUGAUCACUCUUUCUGUUCUGAUUGCAUAAGCCAAUAUGUCCAAUCCAAGAUUCAAGAACACAUUUUCCCUGUCACUUGUCCAGGUUUGAAGUGUCGCGCGAUAAUUGAACCUGUUUCUUGUAAAUCCAUCAUUCCAGAAAAUGUAUUUGAAAAAUGGGAAGGUGGAUUGAGCGAGUCGACUCUUCUUGCUUGUGAGAAAUUUUAUUGUCCUUACAAAGACUGUUCAGAGUUGCUUAUUUAUGAUCAAGAUCAGGACAUAAUUGAGUGUGUAUGUCCUUCGUGCCAAAGGCUGCUCUGCGCGCCGUGUGGUGUCCCUUGGCAUACUGGGGUUGAUUGUGACAAGUUCCAAAAGGAAGAAAAAAACAGAGAAGAUGAUUUAAAGGUUGAGGAACUUGCUAAGAAGUCUAAGUGGAUGACAUGCCCUCAUUGCAAAAACCUUGUGCAGAAGGCUGAUGGCUGUAUACACAUAACCUGCUGGUGUGGAUCUGAAUUUUGUUAUGUAUGUGGAGAAACAUGGAGUGAAAGCCAUUGGAGUUGUCAGACUAAGUGAAUGAUAAUGGAUUGCCUCUAAAUACCAAUUUACAUGCUGGAUGUUUUUUGUCCAUUAGCCACAAGGGGCUCAGAUUUUGAAAGAAAGAAUAACAAAGUAGAUUUUUAUGUUUGUUUAGUUGGUUUUGUGCUGUAAGUAGGUAAUUUGGUGUUGAGUACAAAUUUGGACCUUGCAUAGUGUUCGCACAAAGUGGUUAAUUUGGUGUUGGGUCCAAAACUGGACCUUGCAUAGUGUUCACCUUUUGUUUAUAAGAUGCUUGAAUUGGAGACCAAAGACCUAAAAGACCGGAGGAAAUGAUUCAACAUGAACCUUUAUAAUUUGUAUAGACGAAAUUGAUCCUAUUAAAUUUUCGUGUUUUAUUUUUAAA